AUGUCAUCUUGUCAAGUUUAUAGAUCAACUCGUUCUUCUCAGGAGGAGAAUUUGUCAUUUGAAGAUGUUGUUAUGACUGGUUUAGCUCCAGAUGGUGGUUUAUAUUUACCUUUUAAUAUACCAAAUUUAUCAAAGGAUGUUAUAAAUCUGUGGACUGAUUUAUCAUUUACUGAAUUAGCUUUUGAAAUUUUAAGAUUAUAUAUUAAUCCAAAAGAAAUACCUGAUCAAGAUUUAAAAGAUUUAGUAAAUAAAUCUUAUUCAACUUUUAGAUCAGAUGAAGUUACACCUGUUAAACAAUUGAAUAAUAAUUUAUAUAUUUUAGAAUUAUUUCAUGGUCCAACAUAUGCAUUUAAAGAUGUUGCAUUACAAUUUGUUGGAAAUUUAUUUGAAUAUUUUUUAACAAGAAGAAAUGCUUCUAAAAAAGACAAUGAAUCAAGAGAUAUUAUAACUGUUGUUGGUGCAACUUCAGGAGACACUGGUUCAGCAGCUAUUUAUGGCUUAAGAGGUAAAAAAGAUGUCUCAGUAUUUAUUUUAUACCCAACUGGAAGAAUCAGUCCAAUUCAAGAAGAACAAAUGACAACUGUUGAAGAUGCAAAUGUUCAUACAUUAUCAAUAAAUGGAACAUUUGAUGAUUGUCAAGAUAUUGUAAAGUCAAUAUUUGGUGAUAAAGAAUUUAAUGAUAAAUAUCAUGUUGGAGCAGUGAAUUCAAUUAAUUGGGCAAGAAUUUUAGCCCAACAAACUUAUUAUUUUUAUUCAUAUUUCAAAUUACAAAAAAUACAUCCUAAUAACAAUAAUACCAAAAUUAGAUUUGUUGUUCCUUCAGGAAAUUUUGGUGAUAUCUUGGCUGGUUAUUAUGCUUACAAAAUGGGUUUACCUAUAGAUAAAUUAAUUAUUGCAACUAAUGAAAAUGAUAUCUUGGAUAGAUUUUUGAAAUCAGGUGAAUAUGCUAAACAACAAGAUACUGGAGUUAAAUCAACUUAUUCUCCUGCAAUGGACAUUUUGAUAUCUUCAAAUUUCGAAAGAUUAUUAUGGUAUUUAAUUAGGGAUAAUUUAACAAAUGGUGAUAAUAAUAAGGCUGGUCAGUUAUUAUCUGAUUGGAUGAAACAAUUAAAAGAAAGUGGUAAAUUUUCCGUUCCUGAAUCAGUAUUAGUUGAUGCAAAGAAAAUAUUUGAUUCUGAUAGAGUUGAUAAUAUAGAUACUGUUAAAACUAUUAAAGAAGUUUAUUUAAAUAGUAAAGAUAAAUAUGUUAUUGAUCCACAUACAUCAGUUGGUGUUACAACAGCUUAUAGAUUUAUUAAAAGUGAUGAUGAUGAGGAUAUGCAAUACAUUUCCCUUUCCACUGCACAUCCGGCUAAAUUUUCAGAAGUUGUAAAUAAAGCUUUGAAUUCAUUUGAUGGUUAUUCAUUUGAAAAAGAUGUUUUACCGGAUGAACUUAAGGCGUUAAGCAAAAAAGAGAAAAAAAUUAAAUUAAUUGAUGAAGCUAGUAUUGAAAAAGUCAAACAAGUUAUAAAAGGUGAGUUAAAGUUUUAG